AUGGCAGAGAUGGCCUGGGAUGCCGCAGAGGCAGGAACUGAGGCAGGGGAGCCCGGCGAGGACAGCGGAGGGGAGGCGGCGGCAGAGGGCGCGGCUGACGGCUGGGGAGCGGACCAAGAUCCAGAGAGCGCCGACACGGCAUCGCCCGCAGACCCGGAGAACACUGGUGACCCGGAGAGCACGGGCGUCGAGCCGCCAGACCCCAAGAGCACCGACAUCGCAUCAGAGAAGACCGGCGUGGAACCACCCGACCCGAAGAAUACGAGCGUGGCGGAGGAGCGGGGCGAGGAGGCCCGGGGGCGCUUGGAGGGAGGUGCGUCGGAGGGGGAGGCCGGGGAGCGCGACCGGUCACAGAAGCAGGCGAUGUGCCCGAAGAACCGGCAGCGCGGCACCGGACAUCCUUGCGGCAGUCCGACAAGGGGUGGCCAUCCCGCCCCAGGCACCGAGGACACUCGCCGGGGUCCUGGUGGGAGGAGCGACGCGGGCAGAUGGCAGGGGGCACCGCUGGCGCUGCUGACGCAGGGCCCGCCGCCUGUGCCCACGAGGCACCUCCCAGCCCCCAGCGGUCGCACCAUCGAAAGCAGGCGGGGCCAAGGCAGCCCCGUCGCGGUGGGUCUCGGACCGGGGCCGGGGGCGGGGCGCGGGAUCAGCCGGGCCUGGACAGGCCACCGAGGAAGGGGGGGCCUGAGGCGACGGGAGGGGCAGUGGGGCGCAGAGGGCCUCGCGGAAGGAGGCCGGCACAGACCGACGGACACUGCUCUCAGCGGACGAGGGGCUGGAGUCCGUCCAUCGAAGGGCGCGGGGCCGGCUGCCGGAGGCAGCAGGGGAGGCCAUGAGAAGGGGAGGGUGGGCACCGGAGCCGGAGUGGCCUCCGGCGAGAGCAGGAGGGUGGGCGCCGGGGCCAGAGUGGCCACCGGCGAGAGGGGCUAG